CGCGCAGGUGGAGCUGCUCUUGCUGUCAGCCCCUCAGAUUGAGCACAGUUAGCUCGAAGGCUAGCACACAGCACUGUUCAGAGACAGAUACAUGGCCACUCAACUUUGUGUAGCAUUUUAAGGGCGUUUCUACCAUAACGUUAGCUAGACAAGGAAGUGAAAGAGUCAGCACUGUGGUGUUUUCUGUCAGCAGCUCACGGCGAGAGGACGAGGGGAGGACUGAAAUUGGAGCUAACGUUGGUUAGCUAGCGAAUGUUAGCUUGCCAACGCAAUGGCCUACAGGUGUAUCCCAGAUGAUGUAAGGCACCUCUGCCUAUAGAGACCAAGAUGACUGAAGUCCAGGCCACAGUGGAGUUCUCUGUGGAGCUCCACAAGUUCUACAAUGUGGACCUGUUCCAGAGAGGGUUCUACCAGAUUCGUGCCGGUCUGAAGGUGCCACCCCGGGUCCCACACAAAGUUGAGACCAGUUUGCUUCACCCGGGAGGCUCUGAUCUGGCGUUUCCUGCUUCAGUCCAAGAUGAUGUCAUCUGCAGCAAAACUUUCCAAAUCCUAUACAAGAAUGAGGAGGUUGUGGUCAACGAUGUGCUCCUCUUCAAAGUGAUGAUGCUGCUGGAUGAGAAGAAGGUGGAAGAGUCCCUCAAUGAUAUGGAUUUCCAGCUCUUCUUGGAUUUAUAUUUCACAGAUGGUGAUUACACGCCCGAUGAUCCAAGCUCUCUACAAAAUAUCAGUGGCCGCACCCUUCGUUUGCACUUUAGCCUUCAGCGAGGCAUCCACCAACACGUCAAUGUCAUGUUUGACUACUUCCACCUGUCUGUCAUCUCUGUAGCCAUCCAUGCCUCCCUAGUGGCACUACAUCAGCCCCUUAUAAGUUUGCCUCGACCAGUGAAAACUACAUGGCUUAACCGCAACGCUCCACCACAGAGCAAAGACUCAGUCAUCCCACCUCUGGAGAACGUGGUGUUCGGCAGCAGUCAUGUCAAGCAAGUUUCACCAGAUGGAAGGACAUUCCUGGUGUCUGACCACUGUCUGCAGCAUGCCUUCAGUCUUCACCAUAACCUCUGCUCCAAUCUCCUGCUAGCCUACCAGGGCCUCUUUGACUACUUCACCUCUAUCACCAAGGACCUGCCCUCCUCCCAUCGUAUGGAACUAGCCAAGCCCAGCAUGCAAGUCCUAUAUGAGAGAGUACUCAGAAGACCCUAUCCCCGAAGUCAAAGGCACGUCUACAUAGAACAACUCGACUUAGAGGCCCGUCUAGCUGACUUAUGUGAACAAGUCAAGCAAAAAGCUGAAUCCCCAGACGAGCUGGCAGAACUCGUUAAUAUGAACCUGGCACAGCUCUGCUCUCUGCUCAUGGCGCUUUGGGGACAGUUCCUGGAGGUGGUGUCCCUGCAGGAACACGUUGCUGCCCUACUAGCUAUGGAACACCAUACACUAAGAGUAAGACGGUUCGCUGAGGCUUUCUUUUGUCUCGAACAUCCGAGACAGUCUGCACUAGCGUAUCAGGAACUACAUGCUCACAGCCACCAGCAAAUGACUAAUGCUAUCAAAAGCUCCAGCUACUUCCUGUCUUUGCCUCCACUUCCAGUGGAAUGUGCAGACCUGGAUGGUGAUGUUAGCUCCCUGCCAAUCAUCUUUGAGGAUAGAUACCUAGAUUCUAUCACUGAAGAUCGCGAUGGACCCUGGCUCGGCAUGCACAAUACAAGGACUGGCUCAGUGUCCAGCAAAACGGACAAGCCCAACUCCAAGGAGUGCAGUGCCGCAGCCAGCCCCAUACCUGAGUCUCGGUGUGCCCCUAUGGAUAACACCUGGCCAGACAGCUUUGAUCCGCCGCCUAAGUCUAAAGGCAAGUCUGUCAAGCUGAAGAAAAAUUCAAAGACUGAGAACUCCAAGAAGCUGAUCCGACAGGGCUCCAAGGACUCUGUAGUGUUGGUGGGCUAUAAGAACCUCAAAGCUCCUUAUGGCGACGCAAAGCACAAGGAGGGGGAAGCUCCCCUAAAUCAAGAAGAGGAACGAGAUACCUUGCUGAGGGACGCAAGUAGUUAUUUAAGGACUAAUGCAAAUUCAGUUUUUGACUCUGGUGCCACAUCAGCACAUUGUGGAAUCAGUGCUGUUGAUUCUCUUGCAGAUGACGGUAUGCCUACUGCUGCUUGUCAAAAAGGGUUUUUCAAAAAGCCUACAAACUUGGACUCACAGUAUAAUCCUCAGGCAGGUACUGGGGUUUUAACUUCAUGCAACCAACCACUUAACAAAGAUGAGCAAGUGGACCACGGUGGCCAAAAGCUGCCACAGUGGUCUUCUGGUGUGAAGCAAAUUGAGGUGAAACCAAGUAACAAGGACCCAUACCAAGGGGACAAAGUAACGGUUCUGCUCCCAUGUCGGACUGAUGGAACUCUAACCAGUAAUAUUCCUGAGAUCACCCAGACGGAUCUCUGUGGCUCAAGACCUCUGGUGGACUCUGUGUUUGAAAGGCCAGGUAAGGAGGUAGCACAGCGUAGCCAGUCCUGUCUGGUCUCAGUACAGGUAAAGAGUGACUGCAUCAGGCUGCCAGAUGGAGGAGCCCCCAGUGCCUCAUCUCGCCUCUCAGACUCGGGCAUUGAAAGUGAGCCCAGCUCCUUUGCCACUCAGCUUGUUCCAGGAUUUCAGUCUUGUGCAGGAGUAGGUGUCGCUGAAUCAGGUGUUGCUGCCCCACAGCCUGAGAGGCCCCUCUUGAGUCCUGCACCACGGUCUGUUCAGCAAAGCUUAGUGCAGAGGCCCAGUGGGGCAGCAGAAAUACUUUGUCCAGAAAAUACAAGUGCUGUCAGUGGAGUCCAGUCCUCUCUCACUUCCAUCAACUCUUUGCCCUCAGAUGAUGAGGGCGAAGGUUCCUCAAGGGGCUCCAGUGGAGCUGAAGUUCGAGGCAGGAAGUCUAGUGUUUUGGUGCAGGAGCAAAGCGUGGUCUUCUCUGGGGAUAGCACUAAGAGACCUUCCAUCGAUGUGGCCUGCACCUCUGACACUACGGCAGGUGAUUCCCAACUUCUAAAACCUGCCUUUGACUUGGAAACAGAUCCCAAAUUAUUAGGCAUUUCUGAUCUUGGACUAGAGGGAGCAGCUGGUUCUGGAGCCGUUAAAGAAUCCCGUAGUGAACCCCACACCGCCUGCCCCUCCAGUAACUCCGCCACCAGUAGCACUGACCUGGUAAAACGUGGAAUGGUAGAGAACUACUUUGGCUCAUGCUCUAGCACAGAUGUGUCUGAGAUCAGCCCUGUAGAAACAUCUGCUAUCACACUGGGAAUCCAGGCAGCACCACAGGUUGAGGAGGACGAGGACGAGACAGAGCAUGAGAUGAUCGAGAACGGUUACUACGAGGAAGGGGACGGCUAUGCUUUCGUUAAUGGCGUUGGUGAUGAGGAGCGAAGUGAGGUUGGGGAUGCAGCCGCUUCAGAGACAAGUCUUCUGUUUGAACAGCUUGGCAUCGGCUAUCCCCAUGAAACCAAGGAUUUAUCAAAAGCUCCCAUCUGCUCCAACCUAGCCUCUGGCAGUGUUGGGUACAGCUUGGGAAGACCUCCCUGUCCCUCCACCUCCUUUUCCUCUAGCCUGCGGUGGUAUGAAUGUGCACCCACACCACAGAUGAAAGCGUUCAUUAAGGCCAAGGAAGAAAUGAAACAGCUCAGGCUGCCUGGAUUCUUGUAUAGUGAAGUACCUGAGCUGGCAUCCACUGUGCCCUACUUCAGCUUGGAGGAAGAUGAAAACUGUGAAGAAGGCAUUCAUCUCAUAGUCUGUGUCCACGGCCUGGAUGGUAACAGUGCAGACCUGAGACUGGUGAAGACUUACCUGGAACUUGGACUGCCUGGUGCACGUAUAGACUUCCUAAUGUCUGAGAGGAACCAGAAUGACACUUUUGCUGACUUUGAGUCAAUGACAGACCGAUUGCUGGAUGAAAUAGUCCAGUAUAUUCAGAUAUACAACCUUACAGUGUCAAAGAUAAGCUUUGUGGGUCAUUCCUUGGGGAAUCUCAUCGUUCGCUCAGUACUAACCAGGCCGAGGUUUAAGUGCUACCUGAGCAGGCUACACACCUUCCUCUCCCUUUCUGGACCUCACCUGGGUACAUUGUACAACAGCUCUGCUCUGGUCAACACAGGCCUUUGGUUCAUGCAGAAGUGGAAAAAGUCCGGGUCACUCCUGCAGCUGACAUGCCGCGACAACUCUGACCCUCGCCAAACUUUCCUCUACAAGCUCAGCAAGAAAUCUGGUCUGCAGUUUUUCAAGAAUGUAGUGCUGGUGGGGUCACUGCAGGAUCGCUACGUCCCCUAUCACUCUGCUCGGAUAGAAAUGUGCAAAACUGCAUUAAAGGACAAACAAACAGGUCCUGUGUAUGCUGAGAUGAUUGAGAACUUGCUGCUGCCAGUACUUCAGAACAAAGACUGUAAUCUAGUGCGUUACGAUGUCAUUCAUGCCCUGCCCAACACAGCCAACUCCCUUAUUGGCCGGGCCGCCCACAUUGCCGUCCUUGAUUCUGAGAUCUUCCUGGAGAAGUUCUUCCUUGUCGCAGGCCUCAAGUUCUUUCAGUAGAAAUGCGGCAGAAUCAAACACGUUGGUGGACGAGAGGAAUGUGGAGCUAAUACCUCACUGCAUCGAAACCUUAUUCUGAUUAUGGUAUCUGGAUUAUCUCUUGGUUUUUAAAUAAAUAUAAUCACUUUUCAAGGA